AUGGGGACCAGCCAGCGCAGUCAGUCCUUCCGGGAACCCAGGUCCUGCUAUGGGAAGCUCCACGAGUCCCAGGGGAGGUCCCGGGAAGGCCAACUCCACCGGACACUGAGCCUCAGACAGAGCCAUGAAAAGUCCAGGUCGCAGGGCCUUGAUGGCACGGAAGGUCUGAAGGUUCAGGAGCCGCUGCCAGGGACAAUGGGAGACACAGAGCAGCUGAUCCAAACCCAGAGAGGAGGCAGCCGGUGGUGGCUGAGGCAGUACCAACAGGGAAGGAGACCGGAUUCCCCCGCCCCUCUUGGCCCUGCCCCACAGCGGGAAAGGUCUCCCCGCCCCCAGGAGCUUGGCUUCUCUUUCAUGGCUCUACUCCCACCUGGUGGCUGUGAGCGGAACAGCACUGGAAGCACACCACCUUUACUUCCCUGCUUUGGUCUUCCAGCAGGUGAGGAGGAGGUGAAGGAGCUUCAUGGCCAGCUUCCCCAGCAUGACCCUGAAUCGACCAGCCCCCUCAGAGACCUCGUUGGAUGCCAACAGCUAGAGCUGCUGUGA